AUGAGUCAACCACCUAACAUGAUCCAGCGGAUCCAGCCUGCUGAUGUCACACGGCUUUUGGAUGCUUUAAAGGAGGAACUUGCGCAAGCCAAGGCUGCUGGUACAGACACCGCCAAAGCGAGGCAACAUUACGCCAAAGCCAACCAAAUAAAACAAGUUUUGGUCAAUUACCAGCAACAGCAAAAGGCUGCUGCUGCUCGUAAUGCGAGUGGUAAUUCUGGUCCUUCAACAUCUGCCUCAAAUACUGGAUCCAAUAUGGGGUCUAAUGUGGGCUCUAAUACAGCAUCAAAUAUGGGUAACAUAGGCGGCAACUCCAACAUGGGGGGCAGCGCGAAUCCUGGUGCCAACUUGAGCAACAAUCAAGCAAGUAACAUGAUGGGUGGCGGUAACUUUACUUCUGGCCCAAGUGGGAAUACUGGCGUCAAUACAACGAGCAGCAGCUCAGGCCGUUUGGGCAGCCCACCUACAGAUGCUCGUGCGGCCACUGUCACAACAGAAAAAUACAAUCAAGUCCGUGCACGGCUUCAGGAUUUGGAGCGCACUAUUCGUGCUCUUGAAACCGGCCGUAGACCAGAUAUGUCAGCCGAAGAAGCAUCGCAGCUUGACAGCCAACUAAGCGAGCUCAAGUUGAAGUAUGGACAAUACUCCAAAUUCGCACUCUACAUGCGUAACCAAUUGAUGGAGCAGGCACGGGCAUCAUCGCCCCAACAGUCACCACCAGCAGGUACCCCUUCUAAUGCGGGGGUGCUGCAAACCGGAGGGGUUGCCGCCACCACCGGAGAAAAUUCCGCACCUGUAGCUGGUCCAGCAGGUACAGCGAUGUCUGCCUCACCUGCCGCAGCGUCUCCAGCAGCAGCAUCUCCAGAUGCUACUAAGGGCCGUAGUGCGUCGCCUGCGACUAAGGAGCCCUCUGUGCCAGGCUUUAACUUGGCUGGCAUUACGAAACCAAGUGUGCCGCUGAUGCCGAUACUGUCUACGCUCAAUGUGAAACCUGCGGUGCCUGUCACCUUGAAACCAGGAGCGAACAAUGUGCGACCCACAUUAUCUGGUGGCAGUGCUUCUGGGCUUGGACAAAUCAUGGGCACUCCUGCAGUCAUGCGUAUGCCCACAUUUGACAUGGCCCUGAGCGGCCCUAUGCCAGACAAUGGUGGCCGUGUGCUUACAAAGAGAAAAUUGACGGAGUUAGUUAACACUAUGGGGGCGGACGACGGGGACGGUAAGACCACUAUCGACGGCGAUGUCGAAGAGCUUCUCUUAGAUUUGGCAGACGAGUUUGUGUCACUGGUAACAUCAUUUGCUUGCCGUUUGGCCAAACACCGCAAGACAGAUGCUGUCGAUGUCCGCGACGUACAGUUGCAUCUCGAGCGAAACUGGAAUAUCCGUGUGCCAGGUCACGCUAUGGACGAUAUCCGUGCGGUACGCAAAUGGCAACCAAGCCUGUCAUACAACCUGAAGGUUUCAGGUGUCGAGAUUGCAAAAGCAGUCAAUGGGAAUAUGAACUAG